UGAUUUAUAGAGAACAGGCUGCCGUUUACUCCCAAGUCUUGCACCACGCUUCCGUUCAACUCCCCCCUCCACCCCCCUUCCUCUCCUAAUGCAGGCACACACAGCGCUACUUCAAACAGCGAUGCAGACUUAGCUGGACAGAAGGAACGGCCGUGUCCGGAAAAGACUCAGACUUCCAUUACCCCUGUGCCUGCACACCCCGCCUGCCUCCUGCUCCCGAUCUAGCACGGUGGGCGUAUCCUCGGCCUCUCUUUGCCUGUAAUACCGCCUUGCUUUCGGGCUGCAAUAUAGCGAAGUUUCCCGGUGAAUACCAUGCAUUUUUCGGCCAAUAUUUCUUGGCUGUUUCAGGACGUGCCUGAUUUUCCGGGCCGUAUUGAGGCUGCGUCUCAGAGCGGCUUCCGAGCGGUUGAGGUGGCCUGGCCCUACGCUUCCGAUAGGACUCUUUUUAAGGCGGCACUAAACAAUCACAACACUAGUCUGGUCCUACUCAACACCCCACCAGGUAACAUAGAAGCUGGUGAACUUGGCCUUGCUGCUGUGCCUGGCAGGCAAGAUGAAUUCCGAACAGGUCUCAAUGAAGCUGUCAGGUGGGCCAGUGAUUUAGGAUGUGACAGAAUUCAUAUCAUGGCAGGACGAGUGCCACUUGGUUUGGAACGACAAAAUAUUGAGGAAGAGAUGGAGGAGACAUUUAUUGAAAACCUCCAGUAUGCAGCAGACAUCCUUGCACAGGCUGGAAUGGUGGGACUUCUGGAACCUAUAAACUCCCUAAUCAGUGAACCUCGCUAUUUCCUGAACACACCUCAACAUGCUGCCUCAAUACUGCAGAAAGUGAAAAGACCAAAUUUAAAGCUUCAGAUGGACCUGUACCAUUGGCAGAUCAUGGGCGGUAACCUGACACAGAAUAUUAAGACUUAUUUUCCUUUAAUUGGUCAUGUACAGAUAGCACAAGUUCCUCAUCGAAAUGAGCCAGACAGCCCAGGGGAGCUGAACUUCAUGUAUCUAUUUGACCUACUGCAGGAGCUUGGAUACCAGGGAUAUGUAGGCUGUGAAUACAAACCUCAGGGUGACACUGCGAAAGGACUUGGCUGGAUGAAAAAGUAUCUCAAGUACUGUCAUGUUGAUAACAAAACAAAUUAAGGCCCAGGAUUAGGUUCCAGAAGACAAAUGCAGAAGGCACAUACAUAUGAGUUGUCUGUAAAUUUCUGAACAAGAAUAAUAAAAGUUCUGCUGAUAAAAUAGAGGGUA